GUUGUUUGCGUUUUUGAUGUUUCUGAAAAGGCAAUGAUAGAAACAUGUCAUUUUUAAAAAAUACGAUUGCAGUAAAAAAACAAAUUCAAAACAGUAAUCUGUAACUUGAUAAUAUAUAUUGAAAACAUAUUUUAGCGUCUCAAAAUGUGUUUAUCGAAUAGUAAAGGGAAAAAUACCAAUGGUUUAAUGGUCAUUCUGUGUAUAGUCUUGAAAGACCACACCAAUGAAUUAAGCAACAUAGAUGGAUAGUGGCAACUUAGUUGAACAGUAAGUAUUUACUACAGUCGCAGUGGCACCCGUCACAGAUGUAACAUAAUUCAAGAAAACAUGUCAAAUAAAAGCAUUUAGUGAACAUUAACCACCAAUUAAUAUGACAGACCAAACUACACCAUUGUUUGGUAGUAAUAACAAACAAUCUUUAUCAAAAUAAAAAUAAACCUCUUAAGCAAUUUCAAACAUUUGUUGGCAAAAAGUAUUAACACAUUACUGCAUUAUAAAGUCCAUAGUCAUUGUGUUGAAGAAGAACGUUUUGGCAACACAACAGAUGAAGGUCACGACAAAGGAAUUGGAUUAACAGUUUAGAAAAGCAGUUGUAACAAACUACAGCAAAGGAAAUGGCUACAGAACAGUUUCAAACAAAUCUGGAAUACCAAAAUCCACAAUCAGCAAUAAUCAAGAAGUACCACAGAACAAAUUCAACUGAAACGCUUGAAAGAAGUGGACGGCCAAAGAAUAUUACUGGGACACCAGCGGAAAGAAUGUCGGAAAGGGCCGAUCAUGACGUCAGGGCAGAGCAGCGCAAAGCGGCCAGGCAGCCAAAGCAGCAACAGCAGGGAGAAGGCUCCACGGUAAUGGCGACUGUAGGGGAGCGCAGAGCACUGCCUAGUCCAGAAAUCGUGUUGGGACAGCCCUGGAGCAAUUGGGUGGAUGCUGCCAAACUCCACGGGAAUGACGGUGCAGAAUCGGAAGAAAGUUUGAAAGAGUGCGGGAAAAAUCGAGAAGCGAUGAGGCUUUGUAGAGAAGAAAGAAGACACAGCUCAUCCAGCAAACCUCCACUUACACCAACUCCAUCUUCUGCGUAUUUUCUGCCCUCAACACUGCCGUCAAAAAACAAAGGCAGUGGCAGUGGCAGCAGCAGCAGCAGUAGUCGCUCGUCAAGUGGAAACAGUGCAUCCUCUAACUCCAAAAUCUUAAAGUCGCCCAAAGAAAAGCUGCACAGCAUCAGUGGAAGUAACAGGCCAAUGCAUCUACCACACAGCAAGGUGCCACAUGACAAAAUUAUGCCACCGUUUGUUAAAGUGGAAAAGAUGCAUCCUAACCUAAAGGUAGAUGGUACAUCACUAAAAACAAUUGCUGGCCCCACAUCUUCUACCACUGUGAGUUCUUCAAUAAAGCCAGGGCUUAACUGUCCCUCAAUACCAAAGCCACCCCUGCUGUCUCCUGGACAGAUUCCUAAUGGGAAAAGUCUUCUCUCAACUCCAGACAAGAAACAAGAUGAUAAUUAUGCCAGUAAUAAGAAGCAGUUGCACAAAAGACUGUCAGAGCGUGAAUUUAAUGCUGAUAUCCACUGUGGGGUUGUGGAUAUGGAAACCAGGAAGCCCUGCACAAGAUCUUUAACAUGCAAGACACAUUCCUUAAGCCACCGGAGAGCUGUAUUGGGUAGAAGAAAACGUUUUGACAUUUUAUUAGCUGAGCACAAGAGUAAAACCAGGGAUAAAGAACUGCAUCGGAAUGCCGAGUACCCUCAGCAAACCCUCAGGGAACCACAUCCCUCCCCGUCAAGAACUACCCAGGAAAUACACCAAAACUCUCAUGGAAAUAACACUUUAGAGUCAAAGCCUUUAAUACCCAGCAAACCCAAACCUUACAAUCCUAGUCUUCCAAGGCCUACAAGCUACUCAACUCCACAUAGUGGGAAUGUCUCCAGUGACUCUCCAUUGGUUCACGAAUCUCCCCACCACUCUGCAGCACCAGCUGAGGCAGCGUCCCGGUUAUCCAGUGAUGAGGGGGAGAACGAUGAGAAGGAAGAGGCCACAGAAAGACUGGACUGCCACUAUUCAGGUUACCAUCCUCAGCCAGCAGCUUUUUGCACCUUUGGAAGCCGACAAGUGGGAAGAGGCUGCUACAUGUUUGACAGGCGGUGGGAUCACAUUCGAUGUGCACUUAACUCAAUGGUGGAUAAGCAUGUUAACUCUCAGAUGUGGAAAAAAAUUCCUCCAGCAUCUGAGAACACAGGUUCUACACCAGCUCCACACCGGACAAGCACAAACUCAUUGCCUGCAUCGCACUACAGUGUAAACUCCACAGGAUUCUUGUGCCCGACCUCAGCGACAUCCCCACAAAUUCUUGGUUCACCAUCCUACACACAGUCUCUUGACAACAAAUCAAUUCCAUCUUAUGGGACUACUUUAAAUGCCCACAUUUCUUCUAUGGGCUCUAUAGACCAGGCUGCAUAUAAUAUGCAGUCAAGGCAAGUGUCUUCUUCGCCCCAAAUGCCUUCAGGACAUUCAGCUGUACCUUCCCUGAUAUCCAACAAGCCUCAGAAAUCCAAACCCAGCAGCAAGUAUUUCAGAUCCAAGGAACCUUCUGCAACAGUCACUAACUGUAACAACAACAACACCAACAACAACACCAACAGCAGCAGCAGUAGUAACAGCUCGGGAAAGAGGAGGAAAAACAGAUCCCCGCUUCUGGCUCAUUCAUCUUCUCAUUCAGCCGAGUCGUUGUUGUCCUUUAAGAGAAACUGUGCGUUGAACUCUGCCAGUGCGGGGAGCUUGUAUCACUCACCAGUGACCUCUUCAUCUCACAUCGGUCUCAACUGCACCACCAACCGAACAAACUCUCUCAGCCUCAAACACGACCAAUCAGGGAGGGGCCCUCCGACAGGGAGCCCCGCGGAAUCAAUAAAGCGCAUGAGCGUGGUGAUGAACAGCAGCGACUCCACCCUUUCACUCGGACCUUUUGUUCACCAGUCCAUCGAGCAGACCAUGAACUCGCACGGUGGCUACUCUCACUCGCACGCUCCCAUGGAAAGACUGGAAAGGAAGAAGCGGAAAGGCACUCCUGCUUCCAGCAGUGUUAACAGCGGCAACAGCAGCAGACCCAACAAGGUGGCCAAAUCGCCUACUGUGAACAAUGUUCACACGAAACAUGCCCGCACAAUCCCAGGGACGCAAGGACUUCAGAACAAUUCACUUUUACAACAGCCAAAGGCACGUCCCUGACGACUGCUGCUGUACUUGCAAAAAAGAACUGGACAUCCUCCAGCAGAAAUAGAUCUGUCUGGUACUCUGAACUGCAAGAGGCCUUUAUCUCAGCUUCCCAUGUUCCUCAGGGGUGGAGAUCGACUGGACAGAUAGUUAUGUCAAGGAAUUCCCUGAAGCCAUGUUUGUAACAAUGCCACAAUCAAGACAACACUGGAUGAAAAUGUGUCAUGCUGUUGCUCUAAUCAGUGUUAUUGGUGGAAAGGACUGCUGACUGCCCAUUUGUGAGGUUUUCCUUCAAUGGAGAGUGUAUUAAGUAACCUUACUCUAAAUGUAAGGUACAGAGAAGGGCUUAGCAAAAAAGGAACUCUGGGUUAUACCUAGAAGAUAUGCCCUGGAGCAGGAGUUGCAUGUGGGGGUGAUUUGCGUGUUACUAUUCAAAGCUCUUUUGAAUUCUACCAAUCUGCUCCUUGUAGUUUGGAUGCCUUUUCUGUCGUCCUUUAAGCACACAGUGUGUGUUCAGUAGGUCAAGCCCUGCAAAACUAGUGGGAUUAAAACAGAAAACCUAGCCUGUAAGUAAGUAGUUAGGGAUAAGAAACUGCCAGGAGUUAAACUAUUUUAUAUCGCAUUUAUACAGACGGCUAACAGUAAAUUACAGGAUCUUAAUGGUUUUGUCUCUCAAAAAAAAGGGAACAUUUCUAACAUUUAUUUUUCUAAAAAAUACUGCAGCUGGUCAGUUAAUAUUUAAAGCUGAAACUGCCAAAAAUAAACAAUACAUCAUUAGGGUUAGAUUGUCGGUUUUUGUUUUUUAUUAUUAUUAUUUUGAAGUAAACACAUGCAAAUCAUGGAACUUUAAAUAUUUAAUGAUCACAGUAGGUUUAAGGUAGAACAUUUCAGGCACCAGACCAUUAUAUACUGUAUGCCCCCACAUUUGGUACUGCAUAUUGUAGAAUAAAAUACUGGUUAAUAACACUCUUCUUCAUUCCAGUGAGGGGGAAAAACAAAUGUAACCUUAACAAAAAGACCCAGACCUAAUAGCGCAUGAAUUUUAUUUUUAUUGACUAUGAUUAGAAAUGAUAUAUAAUAUAUAAACUCUAGAGCCAACCACACAAAUAACACAUUUAUAAUAUUGAGUGGGUUGUUAGGGUGAUGGAUCUGCACACAUCUAAUCUUAAAUUCUGGCAUGUGAUUGGUUAAAUCUCAUCACAUGACAAAAAAUAGAUAAUUAUUGCCCCUGUGACGCUGCUUAUUUACAAACUCCCAAUAAAUUCUGUCAUCACGCUGAAUGUCUUUCCUCUCUUCAAACAACAAAGCAAAAUGGCGGACAACAGAAAAUUAAUUCCAAAACAAAGAUGCUGUAAACACUAAAAGCGUCAUAAAAACUUACGUUUCAGUAUUUUCAGACUUCCUAAAAUUCAAAGAAAUCCCACUUGACGAUGUAAAUAAAUACGACGUUCACAAACUCCGCUGACUCCCGAGACUUGUAAGCUGCAGGGAGAAAGUCAGACGGACAGUUCUAUGCCAAAAAAACAUCAAUAGCUCUGCACUAUGGGCUUGAAAACAUUACUUUCUUGACUGAUUCAUAAAGUAAGUAUGGACUGCAGACCUUGGCUCAUAGUAGGAAACUGAAGGCCCCUUGAAGAACUGUAGUUACCUGCAGGGGACAAUUAUAGCACUGUUGGUAAUUAUAGUUCUUCGCUCAGGGGCCAUAGUUUCUCACUAUUAUGCUUUUUCUCCAGUCACAUACAUACAUAGCAGAGAAUUCGAAAGGGUAUCCAAAUAAAUUAUCUGAUCCCUUUAAUGAUUUGCACUUUCUCAAUCUGCCUUUUCCCUUGUAUUACCCAUUAUAAAGAACCUUCUAUACUGUGAGCCCAAGUAUGUAUCUGUCAAACAGAAUGUGCCACUGUUUGUGCACAGCAAGUGCACUACUUAUGCAAUAGCGCUUCCCACGAGACCAGAACCUACUAACAGUAUGUCUUGUUAAUAGGCUACACUCCACAAUGUGAAUACCCUGCACAUCAGUUGCCUCAAAGCAAAAAUACAGAGCCAUUUCCUUUAUUAGCUUAGUAGUAUUAACUUGGAUUCAAACAGGAUUGUUUUAAUAUGAAAACAGUAAGGGUUUGGAGUAGUGCACCUUCACACCUAAUAACUGACAGGUUUUCAUAGUUAACAAAUGACAUUAAAAGGCUUUUUAUAAACAAUUAUGUUCAAUUGGAAACGAGCAAUUGAGGUGAUUAUACAAGGUGGCUGUUGAUUGUAACUCCUGCAGUUUUCUUAACCCUAAAUGUCACUAAGUGAACGAAGCUAUAAAGCAGAGUUGGUUUUUGGCUUUUCUUGUAUGGAUUAUAAAAAUAUUGAAGUAUCCCAUUUUCAGAAUACAUAUUUUGUUAAUUGUACAUAUUUAAAUAUGUAUUUUUGCACAGGCAUUCUUUCUUAUAACCAAUUUUGGUACAAUUGAGAUCAUCUGAUAUUUAUUUAUUUAGUAAAUUAAAUAGCAAGAUCAAGGGGUUUUAUUAUAUUAAGUGUUUCACUGCCAAGCCAAUAAUGCAAUAUGCCUAUAAUAUAAAUAGAUGGACAUCUUUUAAUGUGAUGGUCCUUUUGAAAGGUCAAGUGUUGUCAUUUAGAAGUACAAGAUUUGACAAUGGCAACUAUACAAAAUACCUGUAUCUUUAAUGAAGAAUAUUAAUAUAAUACUGGAAGAUCUUACAAUCUCUCGUUUUUGCUUCCUAGUUGGAAAAGAUUGAAUACAUAUGACCAGGAAUAUAAUUCCCCUGUCAAUUGACAGGUGGCUUAUAUAAAAGAUUUUGUUCAUGUGCUGUCAGUGAUUAUUUUUGUCCAGCCAUUUUAUGCGAAAUAGCAGCCCUUCUUUACUAUAUUUAUUCUUUAAAGUUUGUUGGACAUUGGGGAGGGGAAAAAAGAAAGAAAAUUGGCAGCACUUUUCCUUUGUAAGGUCUGGGAGUAGGGUGAUUUUUUUUUUUUAUUUCUCUUAAAAUAAAAAGGAAAAAAAAAAACACUUUAAAACACAAUGUAGCUGCUUGCAUCAUUAUUGCCAAACUCCUUAAUUUGAAACACUGCUUUUUACUGAAAACUUUUGUUUGCAGCUUUUAGAAAAUGGAAAAAAAAAAAAGAAAGUGCCUGACAAUAGUUUCACACUAUGACUGUUUUAAGGACAGCUAUUUUUUUUUACAAGACUUGAAUGUUUCAAAGUGUUUAGGAGCUUGCUUUUUCCACCUGACUAUAGGUCCUAAUUACUGGUAUGUUUGUUGUAAUUUAUUUUCAUAUUUGAUAAACUUCUUGAGUUCUAAUUGCUUAUUUCUUAGAUUGAGUGUUUCCCUUCUUCACCAAUUUUUAUGCUAUUGAAGGCUAAAAACCAGUUUCUCCCCUGAUUUUUUGUCGGAAUAUGAAAUGCCGCUCCUGGUAUGUUUAAGUUCAAGACUUUUGAUCUUCAAAUAACAUUUGUUAAGCAAAAGGCAUAUAAAUUAUAUCUUGGUUUACUCUUAAUUUAGGUGAUCUUUAACGAGCCUGCCAAUGAUUCCAGAUAACAUUACUAUAUUACUAAGAUCUGGUUUAAGUAAGCACUACACAUAUUUAAUGUGAAUAAAAGCCUGAAAGCAGCUUGCUUUUUGAGAAUGGUUCUAAAAGCAAACUCCUGUAUAUAGUGUGAAUAGUUGAUUUUUGUAUACAUAAUCAGAUGCAUUUGAUCAGCUGGACUUUUAUGUUGGCUGCUAUACAAUUCGUGAACAAAUGUCAUAGGAUAGAUAUUUACUU